AUGGCGCACAACCACUCUCACGGAGACUGCCACGACGGGAGCGAUCACCAUGACCACCAGCAUGGCCUCCCGGAAGACAUCGGGCAUCGCGACAACCUGUACGCGCGCAUCGACCGCGCAAACGUCGUUGCGCUGAAUGCUGAGGAUCCGGAGAUGGGUCCAGCAGUGAUCAAGCCUUGGGACCAGAGGUUGGACGAAGAGACGUAUCUAGAAUCCGACGCUGACGACCAACUGAUCAUCCGCAUCCCGUUCACUGGAGCCGUCAAGCUGCGUGCAAUCCUAAUAAAAGCCGGGCCUGCGGACCAGACCCCGACUAAACUGGCACUGUUUCCGAAUAUCGACAAUCUGGAUUUCUCAGAAGUCGAGGACAUGAAGCCCGUCCAGGAAUUUACGAUACCCCAGGGCCGGGAUGUCGGCGAAUACCACGUCAUGCCGGCGAAGUUCCCCAACGUCACCUCCGUCACUCUGUUCUUCCCUGCGGCCCAAGGGGCGGAAACGACGCGCAUCUACUACGUUGGCUUCCUGGGGCAGUGGAGCGAGCGCAAAUUCGAGCCUGUCGUUACGGUGUACGAGUCCAAGCCGAACCUUGCGGAUCACGACAAGAUACAAGGCUUAAACGAGAACUGGAGCGCGCCGGGAACCUAG